AAGAAAAGCUUAUCCCUUGAAAAAGAAAAGAAUUUGAUUCUCCCAAAAUCAGAGAAAUGUUAACCUCAUCACCAUCAUCAUCCUCAUCCUCUUGCUUCUCACUGAACACCACCCCAAUCCUCCGUCACCACCACCAUCAUACCCUCACACUCUCUCUUCUCCCUUCACCUGUCACUCUCACCCUCCACCACCGCAUAACUCCCUCCUUCCUCCGCCCAUCCCCGCUUCCGCCGGCGCCGGCAACCCUCCUCGUGCCGCAUGCUAAGCCCCCUACGGCCGACAAGUCCGGCGAGCAGAAGUGGGUCCACGAGGGCCUCAUCACCGAGUCCCUCCCCAACGGCAUGUUCCGCGUUCGUCUCGACAACCAGGACCUCAUUCUCGGAUAUGUUUCUGGGAAAAUCCGAAAGAAUUUCGUCAGAAUAUUGCCCGGGGAUCGCGUCAAGGUUGAGGUCAGUCGCUAUGAUUCUUCCAAGGGACGUAUUGUUUAUAGGCUUCGUAGUAGUAGUUCGUCUUAGUAUUAACAUGGACAUCAACUGUUUGUGAAAAUGUCUCAAUGCACCCCAAAUUGGGUUCUUAGCUUUUUGUGUGAUUUCGUAACAUAAGGAUGGAUUUGUUAUUGUUUAUCUGAUUUAUGCUGAAUUAGAAAGAAUAUACUUUGAGCAUAUGGUUGUUGUAUAAAUAGUGAUUCAUCUUUGAUUUGGUUCCAUAUAUUUUAGUUUUUGUUAAAAUAGUGUUGUAGUUUUUGAAACACCCGCACAUGGCAUUAUGGUAGUUUAAGGUAGUACUUCUUAACAUAGAUGUUUGAUUGAAACCUGAAUUUUUGGCAACUAGAAAAUUGUAUGUGGCUCCAUUUUUGUCAAGAAGUAAACACAGAUAAGCUAUAAACAUUGAAACCAUGAAAAAUAGAAGUGGUCUUCUGCUGUUGACUUGGACUUGCUGAAUUUGAGGUGUGGAUAAUAGAACUAUAAUCAGUGUCCAUGGAUUGUAGAAGUAUAGCCUUUGGCAUAGGUUUAAG